AUAGCUAUCAUUAGUAACAAAGGUAAACACAACACAAAACUCAUCUUAACCUCUUCAAGUUUAAUUUUUUCUUCAAAACUCAACUUCCAAAGGAAAGCAGCAGCUGAGCCUGAGCCUGAGCCUGAGGAAGCUUUACAACACGUUCUCUUGGCCUUAUUCUUUUCCUCCUUUUGUGCCUGAGAUCUUGCACUUAGCUUGGAACUUUGGUGUAAAUCCAGAGAUGGGUUUUCUCUUCACUUCGGCAAGUUGCAAAGAUGCGAUGUGACUUGAUGCAGUAUUCGGAUUUUGUACUUGAUAAUCUGAUCUGGGUCUUGCUAGUUUUCCCUCGUAUCCUCUGUUUUUAUGAGCACUUGUGUUGAUGAGAUCGACCAAUUCAGCAUUCUUGGGUAUUUUCUGAUUCAGCAUCGUGAUCCGGUAACCCUUUUUGAUUUUAAAUCCAAUGGAAGAAGAUCAAGAACUCAAACACGCGUGCAAGUUCUGCAGCAAGAGCUUCCCUUGUGGUAGAUCCUUGGGAGGUCACGUGAGGUCUCACGUGAUCAAUGUUUCCGCUGAGACAGAGGAGAAGUUUGCAACAACGAGGAAGCUUUCAUCUCUUAACAACAACAACAACAACAACAAUGAUGGAGAUCACACAGGAAGAGAAGGUUCUGAAGCAGGAACUAAUAAUGCUGGUUAUGGUCUUAGAGAAAACCCCAAGAAAACUUGGAGACUCACAGAUAAAAGUGAAGACACUUCUGUGUUGGACAAGUUCUGCAGAGAAUGUGGUAAAGGGUUUCCCUCUUGGAAAGCUUUGUUUGGUCACAUGAAGUGCCAUUCUGAGAAAGAAAGAGUGUCCAAUAACAGCUUCGGUGAUCAAGAUUCAUGGACUAACAAUGCUAGCCAAUCUGAUGAUGAAGCCACUGCUCCCAAUCGAAGGAAAAGAUCCAAGAGAAGAACAAGGUACCUGACCCCAUCAACUUCUUCUUUGUCCUUUGCUACCAAUCCUUCAUCUUCUGUUUCUGAGGCUGAACAUGAACACGAAGAGGUUGCUAUGAGCUUGAUGAUGCUUAGCAGGGAUUUGAGUCCUUGGGGUGGUUUGGAUUUUGUUGUUGAGUCCUCUCACAAUAACUCUUUGCACUUGGAAGCAUCAUCUUCUGUUCCCACUAAUAAUAUGGUUUCUAAGAUUGAUGGCAAGAGGCUUGGCAAUUGGGUUUCUUCAAAUCUCAACUCCAAAGGAAAAAGUUCAGAACUUUUGGAUACUGAGAGUCCUGUGAAUGGAUUUAGGAUGAACAAAACAAGAGUUUCCAUUAAUGGGUUCAUCAAGAAUGGGAAGGAUAAGAAUUCUGAGCUUGAUUCUCAGCCUGCAUAUGAUGCCAAUGGAACAGAAUUAGUUUUGUCAAAUUCGGCUACUAGUAAAAAGUACACUCCAAUCAAGGCAAAGUUUUUGGAUUCUGAAUCCAAGUCAAGUUCUUUGAAGAAUUGUGUUAGCAAGCCUUCAGAAGCUGAAUUCAGCAAGAGCUCUCACAAGAGAGGCAAGUUUGAGUGUACUACUUGCAACAAAAUCUUCCACUCCUACCAAGCUCUUGGAGGCCAUAGAGCUAGUCAUAAGAAGAUCAAAGGUUGCUUUGCUUCAAGAAGUGAAAACAGCAUUGAAUUUGAAGCAGACCUCUACCCUGACCCAACAACAACAACAACAGAAAGCAAGCUCAUGAAGAAUAGUGAUAUCAAUGAAUAUAAGGAAGAACAUGAAGUGGAUAGAGUCUCCAAGAAGAACAAAGGGCACGAGUGCCCAAUUUGCCUCAAGGUUUUUCCUUCAGGGCAAGCCUUGGGUGGCCACAAAAGAUCUCAUUUGGCUGGUGGGUUUGAGGGUAGAAACUUUCAAAGUCAAAUUCAGGAAUCAGUCCCAGAAAUUAGGGAAUUCCUUGAUCUUAAUAUUCCUGCUCCUACAGAUGAUGAAAGUAAUAGCAAUGUCACUGAGCCUUAUAGACCCUGGUGGGUACUUGGAGGUAUCCACAAGCAGGAGGCACUGGUAGGCCUCAUGUCUAACUAA